CUCGCGCUGCGCCUCCUUGCCGGCACCUGGUGGGCGGGGCCUCGUGCGGCACCUCCUCCUCGCUGUCGCCCGGGCGGGUGGCUUGCGUUGGCCGCGAUAUGGCUGCACUGGUGGAGCCGCUGGGACUGGAGCGGGAUGUGUCCCGGGCCGUGGAGCUGCUGGAGCGGCUGCAACGCAGCGGAGAGCUGCCCCCGCAGAAGCUGCAGGCCCUGCAGCGGGUCCUGCAGAGCCGUUUCUGUUCUGCCAUCCGUGAGGGCUGUGAACUGGCAUCUCCCUGAUGCUGCCGCGUCCCCCACCCCCCAGGUGUACGAACAGCUCUAUGACACGCUGGAUAUCACUGGCAGCGCUGAGGUGCGGGCUCACGCCACAGCCAAGGCCACAGUGGCUGCCUUCACAGCCAGUGAGGGCCAUGCACAUCCCAGGGUCGUGGAACUACCGAAGACUGAUGAGGGUUUGGGCUUCAACAUCAUGGGUGGCAAAGAGCAGAACUCACCCAUUUACAUCUCUCGAGUCAUCCCCGGAGGCGUGGCUGAUCGCCAUGGUGGCCUCAAGAGGGGAGACCAGCUGCUGUCCGUGAAUGGUGUGAGUGUGGAGGGCGAACACCAUGAAAAAGCCGUGGAACUCCUGAAGGCCGCCCAGGGCUCAGUGAAACUGGUGGUGCGGUACACCCCACGGGUGCUGGAGGAGAUGGAGGCCCGCUUUGAGAAGAUGCGAUCUGCCCGGAGGCGCCAGCAGCACCACAGCUACACGUCUUUGGAGUCCCGAGGCUGAAAUCAGCAGAACCCUCCACCUCCCCUGUACAGUAUUAUUUAUUGUCACUGGCACCUUAUUUAAAGAUCUUUAACCCUCACCAAGUGUCUUGUGUGUCU